GCCCCAGCCCCGCCAACCCGGCGGAAGCGGCGGGGCAGGGAGGAGGCUCCGCCUCGCAUCCCCGGCACGGCUGCUGCCUGAGACAGCUGCAUGCUGGUGCCUGGCGCGCAGCUGCUCCGCCGGACUCUGGGCCGCAUCCCGCCCGCCCGUUCCCUCAUGGAUCUCCGGGAAAUCGUUUCUGCCCUCAACAACUUCGCCCCCCUCUCCCUGGCGGAAAGCUGGGACAAUGUGGGGCUGCUGGUGGAACCCAGCCCUCCCCACGCUGUCAGCACCCUGCUCCUCACCAACGAUCUCACCGAGGAGGUGAUGGAGGAGGCGGUGCAGAAGCGGGCAGAGCUCAUCCUUUCCUACCACCCCCCGGUGUUCGCUCCGCUCAAACGGGUCACCUGGGGCAGCUGGAAGGAGCGGCUGGUGGUCCGGGCCCUGGAGCACAGGAUCGCGAUUUACUCUCCGCACACGGCGUACGAUGCCAUACCUCAGGGAGUCAAUAACUGGCUGGCAAAGGGACUCGGUCCCUGUACUUCUGUGCCCCUGCACCCAUCCUCUGCUCCAAGCUGCCCAGCUGAAGGGACUCACCGGGUGGAAUUCUCUGCAGGCAACACUAAAGGUCUGGACAGCCUGAUCUCCAAAAUCAAAGACAUCCAGGGGAUCUCCUGUCUCACUACUCUCCCCGCCAGGGUUGAAGGUGAGGAGCAGACACGAGUCAGCCUGAGCUGCUCACAGAAAGCACUGCUGGAGAUAGUGGAGUUACUGUCCCAGAACAACUACAAGACUGAGAUUCUCUUAUUACAAAAGCCUCCUCUCCCCCACACUGGGAUGGGACGUCUGUGCACACUGCAUGAGGCAGUCUCCUUGUCACACAUCAUCCAGAGUACCAAAAACCACCUGAAAUUACCCCACAUCCGCCUGGCCCUGGGAGUGGGCAAGACACUAGAAUCACCAGUGAAGAAAGUGGCUCUGUGUGCUGGUUCUGGGAGCAGUGUCCUGAAGGGCAUGGAAGCUGACCUCUAUCUCACAGGAGAGAUGUCCCACCACGAUGUCCUGGAUGCAGCUGCCAAGGGGAUAAGUGUUAUUCUGUGUGAGCACAGUAACACGGAGAGGGGUUUCCUGUCGGAACUGCGGGAUGUGCUCACAAGCCACCUGCAGGACAAAGUCAACAUCAUCGUGUCAGAGAAAGACAGAGAUCCCCUACAGGUGGUUUAGGAGAAAAACGAAGCAGAGAAUUCAGUCAAGGCUUCCAUGGUAUCCUGCACAGACCUCUCAAGUGCUGCAAGCAAGGUGCUCUGAAUGGAGUCAGGCCAGAAUGAUUGUAUUUGUAUGUUCCCUCAAAGUCUGGGAUGGGUUUUGUCACCAGUCAGAUAAAUAAAUGCUUGUUUGGGGCUAAAGAAGGCUGA